ACGCGCUUUCUCUCAGACGGAAGACCAGUGCGGCACAAAAACAACUCCAGAGGUUUUAAACAGGGACCAUUUCAUUACUACAGGGAUGUAAUUAGAAGUUGAAAGAGGGAAAAACUCUCUCAACCAAAGACGGUUCUCACAGCCAUGGCCGCUGAACUCCAUGCAGCAAUAUUUAUGGCCAAACAAGAGCGACACAAGAAUCUUUUCCUGAACUACAGAAACCUCAACAACUUCCCUGUCGAGCUCCUCAGAGAUGAAGGGAUGCAGUUCCUGGAGCGUCUCUUCAUGAAGAGAAACUCACUCACAUCCCUUCCAGAGAAUCUGGCUCAGAAGCUUCCCAACCUGAUUGAAUUAUACCUGCACUCAAACAAUAUUGCUAUAAUUCCUCAAGCAAUUGGCAACCUUGUGAAGCUGCAGUCACUGGACCUGAGUGACAACGCUCUUCAAAUCAUCUGCCCAGAGAUUGGUCAACUGCGCUCAUUACGACAUCUGCGAUUGGCCAACAAUCAACUGAAAUUCCUCCCGCAAGAGCUGGGAGAUCUCCGAGAGCUGGAGACUCUGGACGUGUCCAUGAACCACCUGAGGACUCUUCCAGAGCGUCUGCACCAGUGCCUGUCCCUGCAGUGUUUGACAGCAGACCGAAACAUGCUGCAGUGUCUUCCUCGCCAGCUCUGUCUGCUGCCCGACCUCAAUGAGCUCUCCAUGGCUGCCAACUGCCUGACAUCACUGCCCCUGGAUAUGGGGCGUUCCAUGGAGCUGCAGUUUGUCUUUGUGGACAACAACACUCAUCUGAAGGCUCUCCCUUCGUAUCUUUAUAACAAAGUCAUCGGCUGCAGUGGAUGUGGUCUAGCUGGUCAGGUCUCUGACGUGAAGCAGCUCUGCUUGACUCUUGGAGAUGUGACUGUUCCUCUGCCCUCUGAAGUGAAGGCCAUCGGCUCCGAGACUGACAGCGUGUUGCCUCUGGAAGAGCUGGCAUGCAGAGUCCUACAUGCGGCCCACAACUGGACCGAUGUGAAGUUCCUGUUGCCCAAGAGUCUACUGGAAGUCGUCCGGUGUCCUCUGGGUCACUGUCACCGCUGCAGUCAGCCCAUGUUCACCAUCGUCUACACCAAACUGUUCCCGCUCAGAGAGACUGCGCUCGCAGGGGUGCACAAGAGAACCACAGUGAGUUUUGUAGCGUACUGCUGCUCUAGCCAGUGUCUGAGGACGUUUGACCUGCAGGGCUGAUGUCUCACACACGAUAACCUCACAGCACUGCUCAUGGUGCGUUCAUCUUCACAAAGGAUAUCGCAAGACACUUUCUGUGGAACCGACACCUUUCUGAGCUUCAGGAACAUUUGACAGCCCACCGUCCCGAAGAUCUUCAUGACAGACAUUAAAGUAUGUCCUGAGUGUAGCAUCUUUUAAGAAAACCAGCAGUUGGUUAAACCUGAUUACGUUUCACAAAUGAAUGUAGAAUGAGAAGAACUGAAGCAAUCGAUCAAUAAAGUAUUGUUUGUGUUG